CUUCUGUCUUUUUUACUGUUAAGCUAGCAAGUUUAUAGUUGGCCGAUGGUAGCUUCUUAUCUUCCCAUUUGCUAAUACAACUAUUCAGCUAUGAACUUCGCUUUUGUCUUACGUUCAUCGGCCACGGGACUUCGUUGAACGGCGACUUUUGGAGAUCACGGUCAUAUUAUGUCCUGGGCAACAUCGUAAGACUAACAGGUUAACAGGUUACAGGUUUAGCUACCGUUAGCCAUGGCCCUGUCCUGGUUGACAUGACAACUUUCCCGACCUGCUGAUGAUCCGUGUGUCAUCCCUGUGAUAUUCCUGCCUGGACCAUCUUAAACAACACAGCAUGGAUGAGGUGAGAGGAAACUUGUCGGGGGAGUCUGUAGACCAAGUGUCCAACCUGUCUCCUCUUCACCACAACGCUGGAGCUGACUGUAACCAUGGUGACCAGAGCUCACUGUUGAGCCAGCAGGAGAUGGUGUUGGAAAACCACGAUUAUCUCCAUCACCGUGAAACGCUGGCCUCAAAGAUUUCUGCGGAAGAGAGAGGAGUGUGGUGCGAGUCUGAUGUCCCUGUAGUACAACAGAACAACCUCGACAACACAACAUCAUCCACUAAGAAGUCUUUCCCCUGCUCUGUGUGUGGACGACUCUUCACUACAAAACAGUCCCGGGAUCGACACAUGAAGACCCACACGGGAGAGAAGCCGUUCCACUGCGCCGUGUGUGGGAAGAGCUUCUCUCAGCAGUCCUCCUUUAGGAUACACCAGAAAAGCCACACGGGGGAGAAGCCCUACCGCUGUCUUGCACCUGACUGUGGGAAGAGCUUCUACCAAUCAGGAGCCUUGUUGAGACACGGAAGGGGUCACGCUGAGGGGUCGACAAGACUAAGAGCUGCUGAAGAUGUGCUGCCACACCAACAGGAGCUGCUUGUCCAACAGGACGAUACUAGUAACAAGAAUUCUAAACUUCAGGCUGUAGUGGAUGUGCUGCCAGAGCAAGAGGAUGUCCGUCUGGCUCAAGGAGACAGUCCUGCCCCUCCUCCCAGCUCCGUCCCCUCUACACCGGGAGAACUACCUGUCCAACACCAGCAGAACCACAACAACACUUCCAACACCUGUCAGAAGUGCGGAGAGCAGUUCUCUACCUUCUACAAGCUGCGUGUCCACCUGACCACCCACAGGGGAGAGAAGCCCUUCUCCUGUCCAGACUGUGGUCAACGCUUCUCAGCCCGGGGCUACAUGGAGUCACACCAGAGGGUACACAUCAAGGAGAGACCACACCCCUGCCCCGACUGUGGUAAAAGGUUCCUCUCCCUGGGAGACCUGAAGAGACACCAGCAGAGCUUCUCUGAGGAGAGACCGUACAGCUGCUCCGAGUGCAGGAAGAGUUUCACCCAGCCGGGGUUCCUAAGGGCACACCAGAGGACACACACCGGGGUAAAAGGUUACCGCUGCCCCUACUGUCACAAGGACUUCUUUACUGCCUCCAGUCUGAGGAGACACAGGAAGCAGGCGCAUGCGGAAGAGACCGUCACGCUGCCCCCUAGCGGUGGACUCCAGCUGUCACAUGCUGGAGAGAGCCUGGGUCAAGCUGAAGCUGGUGUACCAGGACUGAAGGUCAUAGUGAAGGAGGAGGAGGAUCCUGCUUUUGGAGACAGUUCUAACAACCACCACUCUGAGACUACUGAGGAGAGUCUCCCUGCAGCCGUAGAGCAUAAACAACAACAUAAACAGCAUCACAGCUGUCACAGAAGAGUCCACUCCUGCCUUGUGUGUGGAAAGGAGUUUCCCAUUGCAUACAAGCUACAAGUCCAUAUGAGAAUCCACACUGGAGAGAAGCCUUACUCCUGCUCUGUGUGUGGGAAGAGCUUCGCCCAGAAGGGGAGCCUGACGCUCCACCAGAUCGUCCACACCGGAGAGAAACCUCACUCCUGCCCCGACUGUGGGAACACCUUCUCCCAGAUGAUCAGCCUGAAGAGACACCAACUGCUGCACACGGGAGAGAGACCGUACAGCUGCUCCGAGUGUGGGAGAAGCUACACCCAGCAGAGAAACCUGAGGGCCCACCAGCUGAAGCACACCGCAGAGAGACUUCACCGCUGCUCUGUGUGUGGGAAGAGCUUCUUCACACCCUCAGGACUCAGGGAUCACCAGAGGUCUCACACAGGAGAGAAACCAUUCCCUUGCUCUGUGUGUGGGAAGAGCUUCUCACGGCCUGGUCCCCUGAGAGAACACCAGCAGACUCACACAGGAGAUGGUGGACAGGUGGAGCGAGACCGCGACAAGGACCCUGGUGACCGAUCGAGCCCCAAACCCAAAGAGUCCCUGGGUGAAACUCUGGGACUGAAAAUUAUAGUUGAAGAACUGGAGAAAGAAGAGGAGGCGAGAGAAGAUGAGGAAGUUGGUGGUUUGAUCAAUUCCGACGGAGAGGAAGUUGGUCACAUUUCUCUUUCUAGAAAAAGCCCUGUCCCAGUCUUUGUUAGCGGUGAGAUUCCCUCUACAUCAACAGAACCUGAACAACACCAAAAAAUCCAGGAGAAACGAUACAGAACCAAGAAGCAUCACCUCUGCUCGGUGUGUGGAAAGGAGUUCCCUAAACCAUCGAAGCUAGUUGCACAUCUCCGCACACACAGUGGAGAGAAACCCUUCCGCUGCUCCGUGUGCGGUAGAGGUUUCUCCACAGGGGGUAUCACCCUACAGAGACACCUUCUGACGCACACAGGGGAGAAACCUUACCACUGCUCUGUCUGUGGGAAGAGGUUCAUCCAGCGAGGGAAUCUGUUAAAACACCAGAAGGUACACACUGGAGAGAAACCUUACUCCUGCUCCGUGUGUGGACGGAGUUUCCCUCGAUUUGAGCGUCUGAAGGACCACCAGCGGACACAUACAGGAGAGAAACCUCAAUCUUGCGAUGUCUGUGGGAUGAGGUUCUCCUACGCGUCCUCCCUCAAGGUCCAUCGCAGGAUGCACACCGGGGAGAGACCUUACCAGUGCUCUGUCUGUGGGGAGAGCUUCAACUCGACAGCAAACCUGAGGAAACACAGACAGUCCCACACUGGAGAUAAAGGGUCUGCUAACAUGAAGAGGGGUCGGCUCCUGAGGUCGUCCCACACUGGAGAGGGGUCUGCUGCUGUUGCUGGAGGAUUUCAGACUGCUGGAGGUGAUGCUCUGGGAACCGUGGUCAAAGAUAAAAGCUCUCUGGGUCCUGACCCAGGCCACGGUGAAGGCUGCAGUCAAACAUCUACCAUAUAUAUCGAGAGUAAAGAAGAAGAGGAGGAGGAGGAAGUUGGUGGUUUGAUAAAUUCCGAAGGAGAAGAAGUUAAUUGGGAUUACCUCAGUCCUGGAUCUUCAGCAUUGCAGGGCCUGAAAUCCGUUUCUGAAAAGUUUGAGAACCAAGUUGAAGAUGAUGAUGUGGAAGAAGAGGAAAUUGGUGGUCUGAUCAAUUCAGACGGAGAAGAAAUUGGUUGGGAUCGUCAUCGUAUCAGACAGAGUGUCAGCCGUCCUUCUGACAUCGAGGAGAGUCCCUCCGCAUCAGGAGAACCUGAACAACACCAGGAGGAUCACAACAACACCAAGACCAAGUCUCACCACUGCUUUAGAUGUGGGAAAGACUUUGCCAACAUCUCUAACCUGCGGCGACACCAGAAGAGACACUCAGGAGAGAGUUCCCAACACAGAUCUGACAGCGAAGCCAGGAAGUCCCACUGCUGCUCAGAAUGUGGAAGAGACUGUAAGAAGCUAUCAGCUCUACAAAAACACAUGAAGAUCCACACAGGAGAGAAGCCGUACCCUUGCUCCGUGUGUGGGAAACAGUUCCGUGAAAGAACAGCCCUCCGCGACCACCAGAAAGUGCACACGAAAGAAAAACCUUACCCUUGCCCCGACUGUGGGAAGAGGUUCGCUCACUCAGGAGCUAUGAAGAGACACCUGCUGACGCACACCGGAGAAAAACCUUACUCCUGCUCUGUGUGUGGGAGGAGCUACACCCAGAUAGGGCGACUGAGAGAACACGAGCGAACACACAGCGAUGAGAAACACGACUGUUCCGUCUGUUGGAGGAGCUUCGCCAAAGCUAAGGCCCUCGUCGCUCACUUCAGGACCCACACUGGAGAGAGACCCUACAGCUGUGAGGAGUGUGGGAAGAGCUACGUACGAACCCAGAACCUCCGAGCCCAUCAGAGGAAAAGUCACAGCAGCUCACUACCAAACCCUGGGACUGGGACCGGGGAAACCCUGGCUGCAGGGGUGAAGAGUGAAGAGGAUUCUAUUAGUAUCAGUGAUGAAGAAGAGAAGGAGUUGAUGCUAGCAGGGUGGAGGAGAACGAGGACUAGCCAACCACAUUAGGAUAGAUUCCUCUUUGUGCUGACCAUCUCUAGACACCGAAUGAAUAGAAUGGACCAGAGCGAGGACUAGCCAACCACAUUAGGAUAGAUUCCUCUUUGUGCUGACCAUCUCUAGACACCGAAUGAAUAGAAUGGACCAGAGCGAGGACUAGCCAACCACAUUAGGAUAGAUUCCUCUUUGUGCUGACCAUCUCUAGACACCGAAUGAAUAGAACUGGACCAGAGCGAGGACUAGCCAACCACAUUAGGAUAGAUUCCUCUUUGUGCUGACCAUCUCUAGACACCGAAUGAAUAGAAUGGACCAGAGCGAGGACUAGCCAACCACAUUAGGAUAGAUUCCUCUUUGUGCUGACCAUCUCUAGACACCGAAUGAAUAGAAAUGGACCAGAGCGAGGACUAGCCAACCACAUUAGGAUAGAUUCCUCUUUGUGCUGACCAUCUCUAGACACCGAAUGAAUAGAACGGACCAGAGCGAGGACUAGCCAACCACAUAGGAUUUUCUGCAUCCAAAAUGGUACCCUAUUCCCUAAAUACCAGGUCCUGGUCAAAACUAGUGCACUAUAUAUAGGGAAUCGGGUGUCAUUUGGGAUGCAGAGAGAGUCUGUGGUGAUGAUCUGUAGACAAAGAACCAAUAGAAUGGACUGUAGUUAUAAAUUUCACCAGCGGAGGGCGAGAAAAGUCGGACGAAAAUUAUUAGUGUUGAGAAAUUGAGUUUUAUCUAAAAACAUACACUACAUGACUAAAAGUAUGUGGACACCUGCUCAUCUAACAUCUCAUUCCAAAAUCAUUGGCAUUAAUAUGGAGUCGGUCCCGACUUUGCUGCUAUAACAGCCUCCACCUAUUCU